AUGUGUGAUUGUCAUGAUCAUUUGAAUGAUUAUGGUCAAUUGACAUGUGAAACUUAUGAAAGUAUUUCGUCUAUAAAAAUUAAACAAGAAGCGAUUCAAUCAAGAACCUAUUUUAAUAGUUAUAUACUUACAUUCGGUGCUUAUACUUUAAAUAUAUCAAGUCAAUUUAUUCGUGAAUUAUCGUAUCUUUUUCCACCACUAAUUAAUAAUAAUAAUAAUAAUUUACCGCAAACGACAGUAAAAGAUGUUAGUUUCAUUAAAAUAUCACUUAUUUUCUCACAAUUUCAACAAUUACAUUUCCAAGAUUAUGUAUUCUAUGAGUUAUUCGAUGAAACAAAUCAAUAUCAACAACAACGUCAAACUACACUCAAUUUAGAAAUGUCAUCAAAUGGUCAAAUUAUAUUGAAUCCAUUGACAUUUUUAAAAUUAUCCGUUGGACAAUUAAUUAUUCAUGCUUCAUCCCUCGGCGAAUAUCCGUUUGAAUAUGUAUUUAAUAAUACAAACAUCGGUGAUUUAUCUAUUGAAGGUUUUACAUUGAAAAGUAAUGAUACAUUGAGACAAUCAUUUCAGGGUAACAUUAAAUCAGCAAAAUUUACAAAAAUGGCUGAAACAUUGAGUGAUGAAGAAUUUCCAAUGGUACCCGUGAAAUCUUUAAUUAUCGAAGUACAUGAACCACGAAGAAUAAAUUCGAGUAGUUUUCUUUUAUAUAAAAAUUUAAAUGGACUACACAUUAUUCAGCCAAGAUUUAAUUUAGAUAAAAACACGUUUGAGGGUUUUCAAUAUUUAAGAAAUUUAGAAACAAUGGUUCUCGAUUGUGAAAUAGUAAAAGAAGUUGAAUUAUGUAUUCAAUUAUGUUUUUUAGCUGACACCUUCCACCAUGUACCAAGAUUAAGGUUUUUGACAUUCGGUCAAAAUUUGAAAAUACUGUACGAGAAUUCAUUAAAUCAUUUAAACAGUUUGGAACGACUUGAUUUGGAUAAAAUAUUAUUAGAUCAAUUAUCAACUGCUUCUCGUUGUGUAUUAGCUAAAUUUAUCACGAAUCAUCUUAAAUUGUAUCCGUCUUUUAUUGUUUAUCCUCCGAAAGGUGAAGGAUGUGAUUGUACCUACGAUUAUAUUCUCGCUAUAUUGAAUAAACAUCCGAGCCCAUAUUAUUCCGAUAAUUGCAAAGACAGUCAACAAGAACGUUGUUUAUUAAGUGAAUGUAGCGUAGUACAAAAUUUUAAACCACAACCAUCAGCAUCAGUUUCAGGGAAAAAUCGUUUUAAUGACUCACUAACGUUUGAUUAUCUUCGAAUUAUUGAUGAACAAUUAUCGGAAUCUACUGACAUCCAGCAGGAACAACCUAUACAACAUCAGCCAUUACCAUUAUUUCCUGUUCAACCACCACAAUAUCAACCGUCACCAUCGUUUCCUGUUCAACCACCACAAUAUCAACCGUCACCAUCAUUUCCUGUUCAACCACCACAAUAUCAGCCGUCACUAUCAUAUCCUAUUCAACCACCGCAAUACCAUUACCACAAUCAAAAUAAUCCGUCCGUUGAAUCUAGACAAUCAAUUUAUGAUAACAACAAUGAAGCUGGAACACAAGUGAUUAUUUUACCAUUACCAAGAGAACGAAUUCAAAACAUUGAACCGGCAACACCUGUAUUUUUGAAUAAUGGAUCAUUAUCAAAUCUAUUACCAAAAUCACACCGUUCUUCAUUAUUAGUAACUGAAACAACUAAACCAAAACCUCUGAUUUAUACCAAUAAUCUUGAACGAGAUAAUAAUAAGAACAAUGAUGGUAUUAAUAACGGUAAAAUUCUCGAUAUUAGUUCUAAACAUUCAAAACUAGAAACACAAAAAGAUGAUGAUGACAAUCAACGUAUAGCUCUCAAAAACGAAACAUUGAAAUGGAUUGCAUUGUCAUUGCUGGCCGUUACUGUUUUGUGCUUACUAAUUGUUAUUACGAUUAUUUGGUUUUUCACUUGUCGACCAAAAAAAUCACCAUCCGGGUUUAAAUUAGUACCCCAUAGUUCGUCGGUUUAG